AUGGAGACAAUUCAACUCCUUUUAUCUCUAGCUGCACAAUUCAAGUGGGCUAUCUAUCAAAUGGAUGUAAAAUCAGCAUUUUUAAAUGGAGUUCUUGAAGAAGAAAUCUAUACGGAGAAACCCCCUGGAUACAUGAAAUUUGGAAAGGAAAAUAAAGAGGCAUAUACGAAGGCCAUUUUGAAAAGAAAUAAGAUGGAAGAAUGUAAGCCUGUAGCAACACCAAUGGAGCUUGGCACAAAACUCUCUAGAUUUGAGGGAGGAAAUCAAGUAAAUGCACGUGAAUACCAUAGUUUGGUAUCAAAGGCAGGAUUGGAAGUAAACCAAGCAAAAAUCGAUGCAAUUGCCAAUUUACCACCACCAGUCAAUGUAAAAACACUUAGGAGUUUCCUGGGGCAUGCAGGAUUCUAUCGGAGAUUCAUUCGAAACUUCUCUCAAAUCGCAAGACCCCUAAGUGCACUUCUCGAGGUUGAUCUCAAAUAUGAAUUUGAUGAUGCAUACGCCGAAGCGUUCCACACUCUAAGAAAAACACUCAUCACCGCACCAAUUCUUGUUGUGCCCGACUGGACACAAUCGUUUGCGUUGAUGUGCAACGCAAGUGGAUAUGCGAGAAAAAGAAAUGCUCGUAGUGGUGUUUUCCCUGGAGAAAUUUCGACAGUACCUAAUCAGAUCGAAUGUGGUAGUGUAUAUAGAUCACUCUGCGAUCAAGUACCUCAUGGCAAAAAGGGAUACAAAGCCAAGACUGAUUAG